UUCUGGCUGAAGUCUUGCUCCGAAUUCUUUGGAAGAUGAAAUCCCAACAACGCGACGACUUGGGUGGUUUGAUUCGUGAAGAGUCGCUGCGCCGAUGGGCCACGAUGCAGGUGCCCUUCGUUCAUCAAGAGGAACCGCAUUCUCUGUCGAGUCUGGGCCGGGUCCUCCAGCGCUUGCUGGUGCCCAUUGGGUCAAAGGCUGGAAUCGUUGGAUCGCCUAUGACGACCCAGGCAUGGACACAGCUUGAGCUGAUGCUUGAGGCAUGCUAUCGUGGCGAGCACCUUCCACGAGAGAGGUGUUUGGCAAAACACAUCCAUGUGACAAAAUCAGGUUUCGCGAAGCGCGGAGUUGCAAUUCUCCAAAGCAUCUACCACGCUCAGCUUGACUGUCGCCAGCCGCCAACUGUGCAGCACUUGUCGGAUUCUGAAGAUGAUGCACCCCGUCCUGCAGAGAAGAAUGGUUCGACGUCUCCGCAACGGCGGAGCUUUGUGUCCCAGGCAAAGGCUGAUAAGGUCUACGUCGACACGCCGAUGGACAGAGACCCCGCAGCUGGGAGUAUACUCUUCGAAAGGCAAGUUGGACAUGGCCGCCCUCUCAGCAGCAAACAUGCUGUGAUGACCUUCUACGAUGAGGAUCUUCCGCUGUACUACAUCCAGCUGGAUCGCCAACGACUGAAGGUGAGCUAUUCAUCUUCAGAUGGGCUAUGCCUCGGAUAUUUGGUGCACAAAAAUGUCUUGGCAGAGCUUCUGGAGGAUGCAACGACUUCGCACUCAGGUUCGGACGGUGGUUUGCAGUUGGUGCGCAGCCUUCGCAUGAAGUUCUUGCCAUGGAUUGUGGACGUUCUGCGGUCACCUUUGCCCAGCGACACCAAGACGUGGAUUCUCAGAUGUUGCGAAAGGAUGGGAAUGGUGGCCGUGGCACCAUACCAGGAGCCCAAUCAUGUUAACCUGGCUAUUAUGGCAUUCAGCCUUUGCCGCUGUUGUCCUGCUGGCUCGGAUGCUGCACUCUUCCUCCGCAGUGUGCUCAUGAAUGCCUGGCACAUCCCCGAAGAGGUGAAGCACUUCGUGGAGCGCAAAAGCGAUGUCUACGGUGUCUACGUUGUGAAGCCUGGCACCUUGCAGAGGAUUCAAGAGCUUGGACUGCGUGUUGCAGUGCGGGACUUUGAAAGAGAGGUGUGGCAACGAAGUCUGGACAACAGCCGCGGAGCUUAG